AGAAGUCUGGGAAUGACUCACUUUGUUUCAGCUGAUGUGAUAAUGCUGCCUGGCGUGUUUAAGGACGACAGCGGAUUUUGAAGUUGGACGUCACCAAAUGUCCUCAAAACCACCUGCAGAGCAGAGAAUGAAGGCACGUGCCCCGCCUCCACCACAAGUCCCUCAACCUGCCCCACGGCACAUCUUUAGAAACACAGUACCCGAUGGAGGAGGGAUGUCCGGUGUGGAUGCCAAGGAGACUGUGCUGAGGCCCACUGUGGAUCUGCACCUUACUUUACCACAGGGAUACCAGAUCAGUCUGACUGAGGAUGGAAGUAAGGCGUUGUUGGACCUGCUGGUGGAGCUAUGUAGCCGCUACCACCUGAACCCUGCUCUGCACACCUUGGAGCUUUUUUCACCCAACGGCCACCCUCUGGGCUUUAAGCCCAACACGCUGCUGGGCUCUCUGGAAGUGGCCCGUGUCCUUAUCAAGGAGAAAGUCCUGGAAGAGAAAGUGUUGCGCAGACCAGCGCCUAAAGUGCCAGAGAAAUCUGUGCGUUUGAUGGUGAACUACCAUGGCAGCCAGAAGGCAGUAAUACGAGUAAACCCAGCAGAACCACUUCAGGCUUUGAUACCCGUCAUCUGUGACAAGUGUGAACUUGACCCUGCACAUAUUCUGCUCCUGAAGGACGUCACCAGUUGCCACGAGUUACCACUGGACAAAUCUCUGACACAACUGAGACUCAAGGAGCUCUACGUGCAUGACCAGACACUGGCUCUCCGGCCUAAAAUGGCUUCUGCACCUGCACUUAACUACUCAGACUCACUCCGCUCCAGUACUAGCAGUUUGGGCAGAGGAGAGAAAAAAGGUCUGAUGGGAAUUUUCCACUUCAGGACAUCAAAAUCCAAGGGUCCAUCAUCUGUGUUAGCGGUCCCCUGCAUUGAAUCUCAGUCCUCCGCCUUGGUCCAGUCCCAGUCAGUAAUGGACAUGUCCAGGAUGUCUCCAGGCACUGAGUCGAAGAAGAGGAGAGCUCCAGCACCGCCUGGGGCCCCAAUGCCCACCACAGCUAGCAUGAAGGACCAUCCGAUGGGCAGUGGGUCAGAAAUCCAACAGAGGAAACGGAAGGCUCCAGCUCCUCCUUCCACCCCAGGUUCCAUCACUCCGUGUCCCGACAACGCCUCUGCCUCUGCUGCUGCCAUCGUUGAAAUCCACAGUGUUGAAACAACUACUACAGCUUUCCAUAGCAAGGCAGCACAGUCCACCACGGUGCCUUCUACUGCUACGCUAACAGAACCAGCCUCCCUAGAAGCAUCAGUACAACCCCCAACUGUAACCUGCAACUCUAGCUCUCCGUCCUCAAGCAGCAUGACCAGAAUCAGCCACGUUAUCCAGGAUUCCAGCUCUGAACUCAGCCACAGCGUCAGUGACUCCGAUACCGACCUAGAUCAGGUAGGUCCUGACUGUAGAACCAGCAGCAGCAGCACAUUCAAUGAGUCAACAUCUGCACAAGCACUACCCCCAGUGAAAAGCUCCACCCCCAAGAUCAGGAUGGAGGAUUCGAUGCAGGCCAGUAACAUGGCUGCCAAAUUAGAGCAGGAUGGAUCUUCAAGGAGCAGCUCGAAGUCAGCGACCAAGUCAGCUCUCAACCUCAAACUGGAUAAAGUUGAGAACAACAGAAACAGUACAAUAGAAAUGACUGAUCAGCCGGCACCGCCGAAACCUGAUCAGGUCCCAGCUCGAGAGCCACCACUGGGUGUUGUACCAAAAACCCCUUCCUCUGCUCCCCCAUCCUACUCCUCACAGGGUCUCGCAGAUGUGGAAGAAGGAGCCUCCCAGUCCCAUCUCCACUCUACACAGACCUUUUUGUCCAGAGGCCAAACCGCGGACACUAAUACAGUUGAGGAAGAGACUCUGUCCUUGGGCAGCAGCAGUGGUAACAGCAGCAUGCCCGAUCAGGGUUACGCUGCCUCUGAAGGCAUGGCUGAAGGCGAGGACUCAGGCCUGGUCAGCUCUCCCUGUGAUACCCAACCAACAUCCCCAGAUGGGAGUUUGUCUCUGGAUGGAAGCAGUGGAGGUGUGGGAGAAGUAGGAGCACUGGGGGCAGUACGAGACAAUUGCAGUGACAGCGAUGAGGGGUGUGCCACCUGGGAAUCCAGAAGCAGACACAAUGGUAGCCCACAGGUGAAGUCAGGAAAGAUGAUGAAUAGCUACAAGGAAGACAAAGAACUCAGAGCCCAGAUCCAUAAGACUUUGGCAGAGUUUGAUGCUGACCUUGAAGGCAUCAGUCAUACAGAUACAGACUUAGCGAAGAAGACUCCUUAUACCUUGUCCACAGACAGUAAUGAGGUGCCAGUGUCAGUUGUGGACAUGGACGUGCCAGUCACAGCCAUAGAUGAAGUAUUGGAGGACUAUGAGGAAAUUAUAUCAAAAACCAGGACUGAGCUAAGAAGCAGCAAAGAUCCAGACUUCUGUCAACAGUUUAAAUCACAGUUGCACAACAAAAACAACAAUGCCUGCACGGCCACUGAGAGCAAUAAAAGGAGCAGUGAAAAUACUAAACUGAUAUCUCACACUGAGCAGCGUGAAAACUCUCAGGAGAGCAAAUCUGAGAGUGCUAAAGUGGAAGAAAAGACACAUGCUAAGAAAUUGGAGGCAAAAACCAAGACGAGUGUUACAGACACAGGCAUUGCAAAAGUGAAAAAACAAAGGGUUUUUUCAUCAGUAAAGUCUGAUGUUGACGCUGAGAAACACAGCAAGAGCUCUCAGCUGAGAACCGUGCCUGUGAAAAUCAACGCUCUCUCUGUAAAAGAACAGAAACCUGUUCUGGCACCAACCGACCAGCAGCUGAUAUCUACAGAAAGGAAUGAAGAGAUUUGCAGACAGCAUCACAACAACACCAGCACUAAUGCAUCACAAGGGAAAAUUACUUACAACUUCAAAUCCCGCUUUGGUAUGAAAACAUUCACUGUUGUUCCUCCUAAACCCUCUGUCAUGCACACUCCUUUGAAUGAACCUACCGUCAGAUUAACUCCUGGUGCCAUUAAGAUCGAUGAGCAAGGCAACAUGGUGAAAGUGAACACAUUCCGGAACAAAUUUCGGGGCUCAUCAGAGCCGGAGAUAAAUGGCCACGAGGGAUCUCCUCUUCUGGGAAAAGCUAAAGCCUUUUGGAGCUUAAAUGAAAGGCAGGAAAGUGCUGUGCCUCACAGCAGAGGCUUUACUGAUAAGGUGAAGGAGAGCGCAAGUAACCUGAGAAAUACUCAGUCUGCUGUCUCAGAACCUUCAUUAAGGAGCAAGAACACUGAAGAACUGAAAACGCCACCAAGUACAUUUCAUAAACCUGCUGCAGAAUUCCACUAUGAAGAGAUGGAUCAUUUAAAACAAGGCGUGAAUAGCCUGAGUGAAUUUACAGCAGAGGAAACCGUACAGGUGGACAACAAGAUAUCUGUGUCCAGAAACCUUCAGCCAAGUAAGAAACCUGCCCUUCCCUCUGCUGUCCUCCCAGACCAGAAAAGAGACCUCUCCUUCCUCAAACCAUCCAGGAAAACCUCAAGCCAAUAUGUGGCAUCAGCUGUGACAAAAUACACCCCAAAGAUCUCUGCUAAACCAAACACCGUCCCUGAGUCCUCUUCCUCUUUGAAAACACAGAGCUUGAACUCCCAAAAAUCUGGUCAGUCAAUACAUGUGACUCCAUACCAGUCUUCCCAGUCGUCUUUGUCAGGUCCUAAAGACUACCCAGCUGGUCCGAAGAGGUUGAUGCACUUCCCUGAGUAUAUGUUCGAUCAACAAGUCAGGGAAGACAGUGGAAGAAUUGGAUAUUAUGAUGGAUCCACCAGAGGAAGCUUUAAUAGACUGGAAAUAGAACCCAUGAAGAAUGUUCACAGUCUGUGUGGUAGGCCUACCCAGAUAAAAGUGGCCACUAGUGGCGACAGAGAUAAUAUUAAACAUAAUCAGACUGGAAUCCAGAGUCCUGCGCAAAGCACCCCUGCAGAGUCAUCUGCCAAGCUACUGUCAACACUCAAGACCCAAGACCAGAAACAUACCACCAGUAAUACAACCAGAGCAACCACCAUUCUAAAACCAGAUAAGGAGCCAGAACCUUCUGUCACCACGCCAGAUACAGUGGUGACUCUGUUUGGGCCAGUUAAAAAAUUUAAACCGGUGAUUUGUAGAUCUGUUGAGAAAGAAACGUCUUUGCAUAGCAGCCUGAUGGAGGCAAUCCAGGUUGGUGGAGGCAAGGAGAGGCUAAAGAAGAUAUCAACUUCUGACCACAGCAGCUUGAAGAAAGUAUCUUGCGUUGAGGAGGAGAAUCAGAGGUCUGCUCUGCUGGCUGCCAUUAGAGCUCCGACUAACUCUGGAAGGCUAAAGAAGAUCAAAUCUGAGGCUGCAGACGAACUGGAGAGGUGCAGGAAGGCUUCACCAGAGAAGGAGAGAAACACACACCGUGCCUCCUCUCCCCCUCACCCCCCUCUCUCCUGCACGUCUCCCCCUCCCUGUGCUCCUACUGUCUCUACCCCACCGACAUGCACGCCCAAACCUCCACUCCCUCCCCCAGUCUUGCCCCAGGAUAAGCCAAGCACCGUGGCAUAUCGAACGGCGAAUGCCCACAUGAGUCCUACCUUAGCCAGGGAGGCUAUGCUGGAGGCCAUCCGCUCUGGAUGUGCAGCCGACAGGCUGAAGAAGGUCGCAGCUCCUACAAAGACUGUCCAGGUGAAUGGCAGACUGGGGACAAUCCAAGCAACCUCCUCAAUCUACAAAUCCCAGAUUACCAGCAAAGAAUAAUUAGUGAAGCAGUUUAUAUAUAUUUUUUCCCUUUACAUUUUGCUUAUCAGCAUUUGGGAAACUGGUUUUAGUUUCAAAAAUAUCUUAGAAAUUUAGGGAAGUUUAAUGCAGUUACACAACACGAACGUAAAUCUAAAGAACAUUGACUGCUAAUCUGUGGCGUUAGUUAAAAUUCAAAAGUUUACACACAUUAUUUUUGCUUAUAUUAUCUACAUGACCUAAUUGAAGCAUGUUGUUUAAUAAGGUGAUUGUUGUCAGCAACAGUAACACCUUAAAUAAAGCUGUCAGAGGUGGAAGGUUCCACACAUGCCAGAUUUUAGUUUUCUGACAGCAUGUUUGUCUUUGUCACAAAUUUUUUUUUCAAAAUUGCCAUCUGCACUUCAACUGAGUAGUUAGAAAUGGAAUGUUAUACAAAAUGUGUGCCAAUGAAGGAAAGUACAAUAUUUCAAAAUUUGAAGUUUGAAGAUUCAUUCAGAUCAUAUUUUUUUGUUGUUGUUCUGUUCUAUUUGCUUUUACUACAGUCACGUUAUGCCUUUUACUGCUGUUCAGUGUUAUGUAUAUGAUGUUUGAUGAAAACUUGCUAUAUUUGGUGCAAUAGGUAAUAUCUGAUGGGUUUCCCAGAUGUGGACUACUUAAUAUUUAUUUAUCAGAUGAUGAUAAUUAAAAGUAUGGAUA